AGCAACUGUUAGUGCGCAGUCGUUGGUAGAUCCAAAGAGACGCCAGUAGCAUUCAGCCGAGAGACAUUGAAUGACUUUGUCCCCCUGUGCAGCAGGGUAAAGAAACUUUGACAGGUCCGGGAGUCAGUAUCGGAGUUCACAUGGAGGCCCUCAUACCUGUGAUAAACAAACUCCAGGAUGUGUUUAACACGGUGGGAGCAGACAUCAUCCAGCUGCCGCAGAUAGUUGUCGUAGGAACGCAGAGCAGUGGGAAGAGUUCAGUUUUAGAAAGCCUGGUUGGCCGGGACCUCCUGCCGCGAGGCACUGGCAUCGUCACACGCCGGCCCCUUAUCCUGCAGCUAGUGCACAUCGAUCCAGAGGACCGCAGGAAAACCAGUGAAGAGAAUGAAUCCAAGAAAAAUGGACGCCUUAACAGAGGCAUCGACGGAGAGGAAUGGGGCAAAUUUCUACACACCAAAAACACGAUCUACACAGACUUCGAGGAGAUCAGGCAAGAAAUUAGCGCAGAAACAGAAAGAAUUUCGGGCAAUAACAAGGGUAUUAGUGAUGAACCUAUUCACCUGAAAGUCUUCUCACCACACGUUGUGAACCUCACAUUGGUAGACCUUCCUGGCAUUACAAAGUUGCCGGUGGGAGACCAGCCCAAAGACAUCGAGAUCCAGAUCAGAGAGUUGAUUUUCAAGUACAUCUCCAACCCGAACUCCAUCAUCCUGGCUGUGACCGCUGCCAACACAGACAUGGCGACCUCAGAGGCCCUGAAAGUAGCCCGCGAGGCCGACCCCGAUGGCAGGAGGACGCUAGCGGUGGUGACCAAGCUGGAUCUAAUGGAUGCUGGUACAGAUGCCAUGGACGUAUUGAUGGGCAGGGUCAUUCCUGUCAAACUGGGCAUUAUUGGAGUCGUUAACAGGAGUCAGUUGGAUAUCAAUAACAAGAAGUUGGUGGCAGAUGCCAUUCGUGAUGAAUACGCCUUCCUACAAAAGAAGUACCCGUCCCUCGCAAACAGAAAUGGAACCAAAUAUCUGGCAAGAACUUUGAACAGGUUACUCAUGCACCACAUCAGAGACUGUCUUCCCGAGCUGAAGACGAGGAUCAACGUGCUGGCGGCGCAGUACCAGUCGUUACUCAACAGUUACGGGGAACCCGUCGAUGACAAGAGCUCCACACUGCUGCAGCUCAUCACCAAGUUCGCCGCAGAGUAUUGCCACACCAUAGAGGGCACGGCCAAGUACAUCGAGACGACUGAACUAUGUGGUGGAGCAAGAAUCUGUUAUAUAUUUCAUGAAACAUUUGGUCGCACGUUGGAGUCGGUAGAUCCUCUGGGUGGUCUGACAACCAUCGAUGUGCUCACAGCAAUCAGAAAUGCAACGGGCCCGAGGCCUGCUUUAUUCGUGCCUGAGGUUUCGUUUGAGUUGCUGGUGAAGCGGCAGGUGAAGCGCCUGGAGGAGCCCAGUCUGCGCUGCGUGGAGCUGGUUCACGAGGAGAUGCAGAGGAUUAUCCAGCACUGCAGCAACUACAGCACGCAGGAGUUACUGAGGUUUCCAAAGCUCCAUGAUGCCAUCGUAGAAGUGGUCACCUCGUUACUCAGGAAGAGACUCCCAGUCACCAAUGAAAUGGUUCACAACCUGGUUGCCAUUGAGCUGGCCUACAUCAACACCAAGCACCCUGACUUUGCCGAUGCCUGUGGCAUCAUGAACAACAACAUAGAGGAGCAGAGACGCAACCGAAUGAGAGACCUUCCCUCUGCUGUCCCCAGAGACAAGUCCCUUAAAGGCCCAGGUGGGCAGUCUCUUUCUCCCACCGAGCCUCUUGCCCUCGAGGGCGAGGCCACCAAGGGAGCAGCCGGCGGCUCACAGAGCGGCUCCGUCAGCGAUCAGACAGACAGCAGUGGGACGGGGACCUGGAGGGGCAUGUUGAAGAAAGAUGACGGACUGGCUGGUGACAGAGUCAUGAUGCAGCACCCUCUCCCUGCAAGCCCACAUAAGGGCUACGCUGUCAACCUGCUAGAUGUGCCUGUUCCAGUGUCCAGGAAGUUGUCUGCUAGGGAGCAGAGGGACUGCGAGGUCAUCGAGAGACUCAUCAAGUCAUACUUCCUCAUUGUACGGAAAAACAUCCAGGACAGUGUACCGAAGGCCGUGAUGCACUUCCUGGUGAACCAUGUGAAAGACUGCCUGCAGAGUGAGCUGGUGGGUCAGUUAUACAAGGCGGGCCUACUGGACGACCUGCUGACAGAGUCCGAGGACAUGGCUCAGAGACGCAACGAGGCCGCUGACAUGCUCAAGGCGUUGCAGAGAGCCAGCCAGGUGAUCGCAGAGAUCCGAGAAACCCACAUGUGGUGAGCACGGCCUCUCUCUUCAGCAGGCUCUCUUCAUCCCUCAUGGACCAUCCAGACGCUCCUGCUGCGACUCCCGGCUCCUCAGACCGCAUACACGAAACAAUCUGACAAUGCACUGGUGUGGAUAUUAUGUGUAUAUGGAAACAUAGUUUUAAUGUACAGUAAGGACUUAAUGAAGGGCAGUACAUAUCAGCUCCUCACCUUCAGCAUCACACAUGCUCCUGUUCUAGUAAUUAUAUUUUUCUUAUGUAACUGAAACAAUAAAUAAGUAGACACUGUACGCAUCACCACUAUGUGGAGCCUUGCUGAGGAUUGUCUGCUCUUAAUGUAGAUUUGAAUUAAAGAUGGAAAUGACAAACCCAUGCUGCAACACGUAGACGCUCUCUUCAUCAUGUCAAUUCUUUUAUUAGAUGUUGACAAAGUAUUUGUUGUUGUUCCAAAGAAAUGCACUUAAUUUAAAUAAUUUGUAUGGGAAAAAUACUCCCUAUUUCUACACUUUCUUCUGGUUUCUGUUAAGAACAGUAUUAUUUUUAUUUAGACAUGAAACUAUUCUAUAACACACUCAUACUUGUCCCCUUGUUUACAUGUUUCAACAAGAUCUUCUACACAUUUUUAGAGGUUUCAGGACAUUCAAUGGGCCGUUACUGCUUGAGUUUUUGUAUAAAUGUGUUAUGGUACUGUUGUAUAUUGGGCUUAAAUACACAUAAACAGACAAUAAUUUGCAGAGAGGCAGCAGACAGGAUGUAAUGACUUAUUUAUUGUUUUGAUUUCAUGAUAAUUGACAUGUAACCGAACACAGCUGAUCAAUGAAUACACACAUAAUAGACACAUGGGCUGAUCGCUGGUGUUGCGGUCUGCUUCGUCCCCGUCUGGCUGCUCCUUUACCUGAGCCGGCCGGCCAUCUUGCCCUUUCCACGUCCUUUGGCACUGAAAGGAUGCAGGGAAAGAUUAAUGCCAAAUGCAGAGCACUGCAAUCAGGGGGUUUGGGACAAGUGGAGGUCAUUCGAUUGCAGCACUCAACAGAUCAAUACACAAAACAGCGAACAGGGUGUGGUGUUGAUGGUAAAUAUUCUCUGUCUCAGACUUGUAGAUGCUGUUGUGACACAAAAUAAGUUUUGCUUAAAUCAGAAUUGUAAGAAUACAGCAAAUGAUAUCAGUGAAACUUGAGCCUUUGUCACGCUAAUGACAUUGCAAAUAAAAAUCCAGUUUAUUUU